GAAUAUCAUUUGCUCGUUGCUCAUUCUGUCACAUCCCCCAUCUCCCAUCAUUCAUUCAUAUCAGAGAGAGAGAGAGAGAGAGAGAGAGAGAGAGAGCGCGCGCAUAUGAUUAUGUUUCCCGUCAAGAUAUUUGGUUUCUGUGGAGAUUUGUAGAGAGAGAGAGAGAGAGAGAGAGAGAGACAAGAGAGAGAGGCGCUCUGGAGUCGACCUUUGCCGGUAAAACCACAGGUUGCAUUGGACUUCGAUUUCAAGGUCUUUAUUUUCUGUAUUAAAUCAUGGAGAAAGUGUGCCUUUGGGCAGAUUGCUACAAGUUUCGGGUUUGCACAUUCCAGCAAGUGCAAGACUGGAGGUGUUUUGUUCUUGGAGAUUCCAUUAUUGUUUCCUUUGGGCAGCUUGUCUUGAAUGAACACUUCAGGAGUCCUACUGCAAAAUUUUUCUGAGAUAGGCGUUGGAUCUUUAGUGCGCAUCUACAAGUUAGGAGUCUGCAAACAAAAGAUGAUGUUUGGUUAUGUAGUUUUCAAUAGAAGCCUGUUGCACCAAAUUUGUGCAGAGUUUUGAGUUAGUAGCUACAUUUCUGUACUUCCUCCUGAUGGCUACAAAGUAGAUUGAUGACAGCAUCCGUAACUUAAGAUCUGAAAGAGCUCUUACGUAGUAUUGAUGAGUUAGCUGUUAUCAAGUUGGGAUACGGGUAAUGCAGUACUGAGGGAAGGAUCCGAUCUAUUUACUAAAGCAAUAUUCUGGCUUGGUCAGCUCUUGGAUUGGUGACAAGAUGUUUCUCACCACCCGAUCUUCCCUUCUAUACAUGCCAUACUGUUGUCUCGGAGCCCUUUUUCUGGUACAUUAUAUUAAUAAAAUGGUGAAGCCUACCCAUCACAAAUAUUUUGGUUCUUUGCUCGCAGAUGGUGCAACAGAAUAUUGAUAGUGGACUUGGCUAGAUCGGCCUGGCAGUUAGUUUAUAUUUUGUUGUUUUUGUCACAAGUGAUCCACUGAAGAUUGAAAUCAUAGAUUUCCACUAUGUGCCGGUAUUUUGUUGAAUGAAUAAAGCAUCCUGGGGUGUUGAAAUAAAGAGAAUGGAGAGGUGCGUUGUUUAUGCAAAUCUUGUUUGGUAAUAUAUAUAUUAAGUGGAAUCACUACAACAGUUCUCGGUGGUACAGGUAUAAUAUAAUCAAAGAAGUUGGUGAUGGGACGUUCGGAAGUGUCUGGCGAGCCAUAAAUAAGCAGACUGGUGAAAUUGUUGCAAUAAAGAAAAUGAAGAGAAAAUAUUAUUCGUGGGAGGAAUGCAUAAAUUUGAGAGAAGUUAAGUCAUUGCGAAAAAUGAACCAUCCUAAUAUUGUGAAGCUGAAGGAAGUCAUUAGGGAACAUGAUAUCUUGUAUUUUGUGUUUGAAUACAUGGAAUGCAACCUAUAUCAUCUUAUCAAAGAUAGGGGAAAGCUUUUCUCGGAAGCUGAAAUCAGAAAUUGGUGUUUCCAAGUGUUUCAGGGGCUUGCAUACAUGCAUCAGCAAGGAUAUUUCCAUCGUGACCUAAAGCCAGAGAACUUGCUGGUUUCAAAAGAUGUAAUAAAAGUUGCUGAUUUUGGUCUUGCUCGCGAGAUAAGUUCUCAACCGCCAUAUACAGAAUAUGUCUCAACACGCUGGUAUCGUGCCCCUGAAGUCCUGCUUCAGUCUCCAAUGUAUAAUUCUGCAAUUGAUAUGUGGGCGAUGGGUGCAAUCAUGGCUGAACUGUUUACACUCCGUCCCCUUUUUCCUGGCUCAAAUGAAGCAGAUGAGAUCUACAAAAUAUGCAGCAUAAUAGGCACCCCAACUGAGACAGAGUGGGCGGAAGGAAUUAAACUUGCUAGUGCUAUUAACUACCAGUUUCCACAGGUAACUGGUGUCCAUCUUUCUGUAUUGAUACCAUCUGCCAGCAAGGACGCGAUCGAUCUUAUUACAACACUUUGUUCAUGGGAUCCUUGCAAAAGGCUAACAGCCACAAAGGCACUUCAGCAUUCGUUCUUCCAGGGUUGCUUGUAUGUUCCGCCUUCACUUCGCUUGAAAACAGCUGUAUCUAGAACUCCUCCAUCCGCAGGAACAAGGAGCAUGUUAGAGCAGAAGUCUGUCAAGGGAUAUUCUGGGACCCUGUCUAUUUCAAAGCGAGCAAGCGAAUUUUCACCUGCCAAAUCUCACGAGUAUCUUACAACAGGGGUGCAACGCAAAUUGGAGAUGAAUAACCAGGAUGAAAUAAAGAACCAUAGAUUUUCUAAGAUUGCUGCCAAUCAACAACCAAGAUACCGACCACCUGCAAGAAACAGUCCAUCUUCCAUUUGCAAUGGCAAGACUGCAUUUGGAGUUUCGGUGACAGCUGAGAAGCUGGCAAAUAUGAAUCUUGCUUCUGGUGGAGUGCCUGCAAGGCAGUCAUUUCCAGCACCAAUGAAGGCGGGGGGAUGGCACGCCGGCCAACCUAGCAUGGCUGCCUCUGAAGAGUUUCAUGCCAGAAGAACAUUCACCAGGAAAGUUGUGGGAUGAAGACUGUCUCUGCUCUGCCUUAAAGUAGAUGUGGUCAAACUGUUCAAUAAAUAGGUCCUCUGCUUAUAGAUAUUUCUUGUGUGGUGGCCUGGUGAACAUGAACUUUGUUUCAAUGCCAGUUACAAAUAAGUCCACUUUAUGCGUGGGACUACUGUUUUGAAGUUCCGUUUUACCUUCCAGAAAAUAAGUUGAAGGCAAGACCUCUUAUGAGAUGCUUUUAUUGUCAUUGCUAUGGGAAUUUCUUAGAGUGUUUCGAUUGAAUCCUCUUUUGUCUAAAAA